UUUAUUGAAAAAUAUAUAGUUGAAAUGAUGUCAAAUCACUGUAGAAAAAUUCAUUUUUCCAAAGAAUGGGGAUCAAACAAGCCAAGUAUAUUCGGGCAAAUGAUCCCUAGCCUUACAUGUAAGAUGAAUUGCACAUCAGGAAGGUAAAUUUUGAUUAUUAACUUAGAAUGAUGCCUAAAAAUUUAAGGUGAGGCAUAUUUUUAUAACUUUCACAUGAUAAUGUAAUUAAAAUUUUCAGGGUUUUAGUUAUUUUAGAUGGAUAAUUAGGAUGAAAUAUUUUAAUUGACUCCUUUUAAAAUUUUUGCGGGCUAACUCAUUAAUAACAAUUUAUUAGUUUUUGCAGUAAAAGGAGAAGUAAUUAAGAGAGCUAAGAAAAUUCCAAAAGAAUUUAAAAGCCCUAAAUUGUGUCGCCAUCUAUUUAUAGAAUAAUGCUACUUGUAUAUAUAAUGGAAUCACGUAAUAGUUUACGUACUGAUGAGGUGUCAAAAAAAGAGUGGAGAAGCUUUUUAUUUAUUUUUUUUGGGUUGAAGAAAUUCUGACCAAAUCGCAUCUCUUUAUAUCAUGUAUAAACCAUUAUAUACAUGUAGUGCCACCGCUAUUUAUAACACCCACGAGCUCUCUCCGGACCUGUGCUCUGCAUUCUGUACUUUACCACCCAGAAAACUGAAAACCAUACUCAAAAUAUAAUACCAAAAAUAUGAGAGGAAAAUCUUCUUCGAAGCAAAUCAGUACUAAGAAUGGUGGACUGAAUUUAGAAAAUCUUGAAAAUAUGAAAGAAAAUCAAGAAACCCAUCUCUCUGGUUCUUACAUUCGUACCCUUGUUAAACAAUUAACCUCUUCAAGAACCAAAGAAAAUAAGAAUUCAGAUGCAGAAUUCAGUUCUUCUAGCAACCAAAAUUCAGCCAAAAAUGGUGAAGGAUUCAGUGAAAAGCCUAAAAAACAAGUGAGAAGAAGACUCCACACCAGCAGGCCUUACCAAGAGAGACUUCUAAAUAUGGCUGAAGCAAGAAGAGAAAUUGUCACUGCCCUUAAGUUUCAUAGAGCAGCUAUGAAAAAAGCCCAAGAAAUGGAAAAUCAGCCAUUAAUGGAGUCUUCUUCUCAAGAAAUCUGUUUAGAAAAUGAGGCUAAAUUGAAAUCCAGGAGAAACCCAAGAAUUUAUCCCUCUAAUUCUACUUCAAAUUUCUCCUACUGUUCUUCAGCGCCAGAUUAUUCUUGGCCUGUUUCUCCAAUUCCUCCACCAACCCUACAACCCAUUUUCCAAGGAAAUCUCAAUUUUCCACUGCCUAAUCAAACCUUGGGACUGAACCUCAAUUUUCAAGAUUUCAACAACUUGGACACCACCCCCUAUUACAAUCCCACCACCCCUCUAUCCCUUUUCUCACCAUCUUCUGCAUCAUCAUCUUCUUCUCCUCCAUUCUCAGCUGCCGUGGCCACCGCGGAAACUCCAUGCAUGGCGGCCGUGGUGGCGGAAUCUGGCUUAUCGGAAAUGGACUUGGAUUUGCAUCCAGCAAUGGAUGAUAAGGAGAUGGCUGAGAUCAGAUCAAUUGGAGAGCAGCACCAAAUGGAGUGGAAUGACACCAUGAAUUUGGUCAAUUCUGCUUGGUGGUUCAAAUUCUUGAAGGCUAUGGAAAUUUCUCCUGAAGAAAAAACUGAAGAUUAUGGAUUAUUUUCUCCAUUUGGUGAAGUAAUGGAAUUUCCAGCUUGGUUGAAUGCAAAUGAAAGCUGCUUGAGUGAUUAUCAUUUUGACGACUACUUGCAAGAUCCUGCUUUGCCAUGGUAAGAAUUUUUUUAUUUUUUAAAUGCUUGUCA